CGUAGUCCUGAAGGCCGCGUUUGCACGCCAGUGUGCUGGAACUUCUCUGCUGGACUCUGCAGUUGCACAAAAGCACCCUUCUCGUCUCUAGGAAGCAGGAUGUCAGUGCUUCUGGGGAAACAGGUCUUUUUUACCGGCGUGGCGGCUAGCGGGGGCUGCGCCCUUUUGUACUACCUGAUACAGAAAGCUUUUUCCAGGGCUUCCUAUUACCAGUGGGCGUUGGAGCAUCUGCGCAGUCACCCUGAGGCGCUGGAAGCUCUGGGCACUCCUCUCAACGUUCACUACCUCCGCCUCACCGACAAGUACAACUUCGUGGACAUUGCCGACGCAAAGUUGAAGAUUCCUGUCUCUGGACCCAAGUCAGAGGGCUAUCUCUAUGUCAGCUCAUCCAGAGAUGCCCCCUUUAAGAGGUGGAACCUUCAGGAGGUCUUCUUAGAGCUCAAGGAUGGCCAGCAGAUUCCCUUGUUCAAGCCCAGUGGGGAGAACAGCAACGAGCUGAAAAAGGAGUGAAGAUUUGGCUUCCCCCUCCUUCUCUUCCUUCCAACCGUUCCCCACUCACCAAUCCAGGGAUUUAGUAAUACCUGAUGAGACAAGGUUCUGCUACUCCCAGUUUUGGUAAAGUUGCAUUCAGCAAAGAUGAAGCUAAGCUAAAUGACACCCACGUGAAGCAGCCAGCGCUUCACCGACGGUGGCCUCUGCCCCCUGGCACAGCGGGAAGGGCAGGGAGACGCUCCGUCGGCAGCGGCUCCACAGGGCUUUCUGAAGGCUGCUCGACUCUGCUGUUUCCAGCCUGUCGUAUGAAAAGUAUGAAGAAAUACUUACCCAUCCCUGGUCUUACAGGCGAGGCAGCGUUUAUACUGCUUGUUGGGAGGCUUGGGCAAAAGACGCUGUAUCCACAGGAGGCCCCGUGAAGGGGCUGGGGGGCGGUCAAGGAGGAGGUGAGGGGGUGAUGAUGGGAAGAGCCUUGCCUCCUCGGCAACCUAUCCGCCCUCCAGGCUUGUCUUUCCGCCGACUUCAGCAGUUGCUCAGUCGAAAGAGCUGUCAGGAAUGUGCACAGAAAAACUGACAUUUUACGAUCCAGGGUUCAAAAGUGGGAGUUGAAAAUAUUAGAAACAUGCCUCAGUAUCAUAGAUCACAUGCGGUAUAUUAAAUGCCUUUCAUUAUUAAAUAAUGAGCAUUCAAGGCAGAACUAUUAUACUUAUCUUUUAAAUUUGUGUGUCAAUAAUUACCUUGCGUCUUAAUGAGGUAAUUUCUUACUUCCAAAUUAUUUUUAUGAAGUAAGAAACUAUAGGCCAAUCCCUCUCAGGAAUGUUGCAAAAUUCUAAAUAAAGUAUUAGCAAACUGAAUCCAGUGACAUACAGUAAGUGGUAUAUUGUAUAUUUGUCACAAAAUAUUUUGGUGCCUCUCUUGCACUGCCUCCCUUCUCUAUGGGGAGAUUAUACUUCCCUGCCUGUUGAACUUAGGCUGUGUGAUUUGUUCCGGCCAGUGAAUUGUGAGUGGAAAUGACAUGCAACUUCUGAGUAAGAAGUUUUAAGUGCCAGCCCUUGGUUUGGCACGUCUUGUUUGCUCUCUUUCCUGAGAUCGGAAAUGUUCCAGAUGGCAGCUAUUCCAAGGACCUGGGUUCUGGAAUGAAGAUGACGUGUAGCAGAGCUACAGCUGAGCCACAGUGUGACAGGGUAGCAUGAGCGAGAAAUAAACCCUUCUAAGCCCUGAAGAUUGGGGGCCAUUUUCACUCCAGCUUAACCAGACUGUACAGUGACUAAAAGAGAGGUUUAUUCCAGGAAUGCAAGGGUGGUUCCAUAUUAGGAGAGCCACUAGUAUAGUUCAUCACAUUAGUAAAGCUAAGGAGGAAAAUUAUAUGCUAAUUUUAAUAGAUACAAAAAGGCAUUUGACAAAAAUUAAGUAUUCACAUUAAAAAUAAAUGAGAAUUAAUAGAUAA